AUUACAACUGUGGGCAUGGCAAGUCUGUGAGAAAGCUGUAAACAGGCUAGACUGUGAGUUUGAAGACUCGUAAUGUCUUACAUGCACAAUAUGACUAUUUGGUUUGAUGGAACUAAUUUUAAAUGAAGAAUGAGUUAGUUUACGGAAGGACGCGCAAAUGAGCAGAGUCACCGACCUCUCGCUCGCGCCCCUCAGCGAGCGGCGCAAUAAUAAUGGCAAGCAGCCACAGUCGCCGGGUGCUGGCCCGGGCCAGUCGCAGCAGGGCUACGGCCGGGCCGCCACCGGCGACGUCAGCGGCACUGGCAGCAACGGCUCGCCCUCUCGCGCGCUGCCGAUGCACCGCAUGGGCGGCGGCGGCCCGUUCCCGCCGGUGCCGCGGCCGGGCGCGGCGACGUCGCCGUACGUGUUGGCAGGCGGGCAGCGGCGCUCGAUGCUAGUUGCGUCCACGGGCUCCCUGUUCCCGGAGGCCUCCCGGGGAGGAGCCGGCGGCGGCGGCAGCGGCGGCGGCGGAGGCGGCGGCGUGGGUUCCUGGCAGGAGGGCGGCGGCGGAGGGCUGGGCGGCGGAUCGUCGCCGGCAGUGGCGUGGGGCUCUGCGACCGCCCCGCUGCCCAGGCUGGAUGCCGGCGGCGCGUUCGGCGGCGGCGCCGGGGAGCGCACGGCGCGGCGCCACUCGCCGCAGCACUACAAGCCGCCCGGCGGCGCGGGGGCGGGCGCUUGGACGGGCGCGGGGGCAAGCGGCAGUCCCGCACAGACCUCUCGCGGCGGGCGCAGUCCCCCCGCAGCGCCGCGCUCGCCCCGCGACACCGCCCUCUCAGCACUGGCCGCCGCCGGAGCCGCGGCGGCGGCAGCCGCAGCCGGCGGCGCCGGCCCCGGCGGCGCCGGCCCACAGGGGUCGGCACAGGGGCCAGCACAGGGGUCGGCACAGGGCCCGCCGCCCAUCACGUGGGCACACGUGCGUGAGGCGCAGCAGCACGCCUGGGCCGAGUCGGCUGGGCUGUACAGGCCGCAAGCCAACUACACCAUCCAGGUGCCGCUGCCCGGCCACCUGCCGCCGCAGCCGCAACACGCAUACGGCGGCGGCGGCGGCGGCAGCCACCAGCAGCAGCACCAGCACCAGCCGCCCAUCGCGGCCCAGGGCUCCUACAGUGACUAUGACGGACUGGGUGGCGGCGGACCCAGCUCCCUGUCCCUCACCUACCCGGGGCCCGGCAGCGGCGGCGCCCGCACGGCACGCGGCAGUAGCGGCGCGGUGCCGGCGGCAGUAGCAGUGGCGCCGUUGGACCUCUCGGAAAUGGAUCGCGACCUUCGCGACCGCGAGGCCUCGCUACUCGGCGGCGGCGGCGUCAACCGCAGCAGUUGGAGCGUCAGUGUGGGCGGCGGCGGCGCCGCCGCCGCCGACCGCAUGGGCUCGCCGGGCCGCGGCUUCCGCGACGGCUCCGGCCAUACCGCCGCCAAUGUGGCGUCUGGUCUGUUGGCGUUUGAGGGUCUGGUCGGGCCGCAGUUCGGCGCGCUUGGUCUGGUGGAUAGCAGCCUGCUGCCUGGGUACGGUGGGGCCGGAGGAGGAGGAGGAGGAGGUGGAGGCGGUGGAGGCUCGGUGUUGGCGCUGGCGGGCGCGGGCUACACGCCGGCGCAGCUGACCUCGCUGCAGGCGGCGGCGGCGGCGGCGCACACGCUGCAGCGGCGCACGCUGCUGCUGCGGCUGCCGCACUGCUGGGGGGCGCUGGGGCUGGAGCUGCCGGCCAUGGUGGUGCAGUCGGGCGGCGGCGCCUGCCUGCUGGUCCUGCCCAGUGACAAGCCGCCGGCGCGCAGUGAGGCGGUGGCGGUGGAGGGACUGCUGCUGGACAUGCUGAGGGACCCAGGCAGCGCGGCCGCCAGGUCUGCCUCCUGGCGUGCCGACAUGCUUGCGGCGCUGUGUGCGGACGCCAUCGCCACCCUCAACGAGGCAGCCAAGACACGCGGCAGGGCCGGCGCGGGCGGAGGCGGAGGCGGAGCAGGCGGAGGCGGCGGGGGCGCAGCAGCGGGAGGCGGCGGCGGCGGCGGCGAGUGGCAGCUGCGUGGCCUGUCCGGCAUCCAGCUGCAGGCGCCUGCCAUCCUGGCUCCCUUCACCACACUGCUGCAGGGCAGCCUGCAGGAGAAGUCCCAGACUGUGGACGCGCACAGAUCGGGGCUACUCACGGCGCACACACGCCGCGGCGUGCCGCCGCCGCCGCCUCACACUGGCAGCGGCCUCGGCGGCGGCGGCGGUGCCUACAGCCCAUACACCGCCGCCAGAAGCGCCAACAGUUCCAGUACGGGCAUGCUGUACGGCGACGGCGGCGGGGAGGCGGCAGCGCAUGCGGCCGGCAGCGGCGCCGCCACCGCCCGCCGCAUGCGCGUCAGCGCCUCCGGCGCACCGCUUGGCGGCGGCGGCGGCGGCGGUGGCGGCGGAAAUCUGGUGCAACCAUCGUCGUCGUCGUUUUCGGGGCCAACUGGCGGCGGCGGCGGUGGUGACGGCGGCGGCAGUGUGGGAAGCGGCCGAGCAGGCGCAGCGGCGGCGGCGGCGAAUGGCGGCGAGGCCCCUGGUGGGGAGGUGGGGAGCGGCGCGGAGGGCGGCGGCGGCGAGGCGACAGGGGUCGAGGCCGGCGCGGCGGCAGGUGGUGGCGGCGGUGGCGGCGGCGGUGGCGGCGGGUUCCACAUGUCUGCCUACGCCUCUGCGGCGCUGACGGUGGGCUCCUGCAUCUGCAUGGCGGACAUAGUGCGCCAGGUGGAGGUGGGCUGCGGCGAGCGCGGCCGCGCGCUGGCGGGUGUGUGGAACGCCUUCGUGGCGGCCCAUCAGGAGUCGGUGGAGGCGCUGCACAGGCACGCAGCGGCGCAGCAGGCCGAGAUACACGAGCUGUCCAAGCGGCUGGCUGAGCGGCGCGACUUUGCUCGCGAGCUGGAGAUGCUGGAGUUCCUGAAGCGCGAGAACGCGCGCUUCAAGAGCCGCGAGGCCGAGCUGCUGGCCAAGGGGCUGCUCACCAUGCAGGCCGCCCCGGGCGCGCGCGACGGCAGCCGCAUGGUGGUGCGUGCGGGCGGCGCGCUGGGGGAGGCGCUGGAGGGCGAGCUGGGCGGCCGCAUUGCACAGUUGAGGUGGCGGCACGCGCUUCAGGUACUGGGCACCCGCACACACAAGGUGGCGUUCCGGUCGGGGGCGGAGUUCCAGCCGCCGCCGACGCCCACGCCGCGGGUCAGCGCCGGCGGGCCGGAGGCGGAGGCCAUGGUGGCCAAGUUGGAUCUGUUUCACAAGCUGACGCUCGCUGUGGAGCGAGCCGCCGCCCGCCGCCGAGCCUUCGGCCGCGGCCGCGACGCCGACGCCGCCGCGCGCAUAUACGGUGCCGCCUCUGCCGCCGCCGCCGGUGACGGCGGCCCGGCCGCCGCCAGCUCUGCCGACCUGUUUGCUGCGGCUCUGGCUGCGGGUCCGGGUCUGAGCACCAAGCUUCUUGAGGGUCUGGAUGCGGAGGACACGGCACGGCUGCUGGCCAACCUGAAUGUGGAGGCGCAGGUGUUGCUGCUGGCGAUGCUUCCCGAGCUGCGGCGGGCCGAGGUGCUAGCGGCCAUGACCGACCCGGACCGGGCGCAGGUGGUUGUGGUGAUGUCGAGUGUGAUGCGGUCGCACACGGCACACAUCCUGGGCCGCGGCAUGUGGGCCGCCACCAUGCGGGCGGUCAAGGACUCGCCGCCUCUGGGCGCGCGCAUGCUCACAGGCAUGGACACAGCGGAGGCUGUGGAGGAGCUGCUGUGCUGGGCGCCGGCCGAGCAGCUGGACGUGUUGGCGGCGCUGGACGCCCCACACGCCGCGCGCAUCCUGGCGGCGGCGCCGGCGGAGGUGCGGCAGCGGCUGCUGGCCGGACUGCCGCCGCACAUCGCCGCGAACAUCGUGUCGGCCAUGCAGCCGCCGCCCGCCGCCGCCAGCCUUGCGGAUCUGGACCCCAACGCCGCGGUGGCCAUCCUGUUGGCCAUGGACCCGAGCAGCGCGGCGGCCCUGCUUCAGGAGCUUGGCGCGGUGAAGGCGGCGGAGGCGCUGCUGGGUAUGGACAGUCUGGAGGCGCGCCAGACCAUCCUCGAGUCCAUGCAGCCGCGGGUGGCGGCGGAGACGGUGCUGGAGAUGGACACGCGCGCAGCCACCCCCGCGCCCCCCGGCGGCGGGCCGGAGGGCGGCGCGGGCGGCGGGGGGCUGGAGGGCGUGUCGCCGCCGGCGGGGCUGGACCCAGGCGGCGUGUACCCGGGCACUGAGGCCCUGGGCGACAUGGCCUCGCCCUCCGCGGACCGCAUCAUGGGCUUCAUGGCAGUGCAGGACAAGGCCGCUGUGCUGAGCCGGCUGGACCCGGACAAGGCGGCUGAGCUGUUGUCGCUGUUGGGUCCCUCGGAGGCGGUGGCGCUGCUGGCGUGCCUGUCCGACACCUCGGCCGCACUGGUGGUGGACGCGCUGAGGCAGGAGGACAGGGACGCGCUCAUGAGGAUGCUUAUGGACGCCAGUGGCGGCGGCAAGGGCCACGGCGGCGGCGGCGGCCGCAAUUCCAAGGCGCACAGCAAAUCCGGCGGCGGCAAGUCCGGCGGCGGCAAGGGUGCCAAGCACGCUGCCAAUGCCAAAUCCCACGCCGGCGGCGGCGGCGGCGCCGCCGCCCACCACCCGCCCGCCCUUACGCCGCCGUCGCCGCGGCCGCCGCGCUCGCCCGCCGCCACCGCCGCCAGCGCGGCGGCGCAGCUGGCGGCGGGCUUUCCCUCGCCGCCGGGGCGCGGCAUCAAGCCGGCGCUGGCUCAGAGCAUGUCGAGGGCGAUGGAUGUAUAUGUGGGUGAGGGCAGCGAAAGCGACAGCGAGGGGGAGGGCGAGGGGGAGGCGGCGGCGGCGGCGGCGUACGGCGGCGGCACACGCGGCUCGUCGGAGGGCGGCGGCGUGGAGCCGCUGGCGGUGGCGGCGGCGCUGACGGCGGCGGCGCAGGUGCCGCCGCUGCCGCUGCACACGCAGCCGUCGCCGUCGCCGCGCGCGACCGACGCAGGGCCGCCGCCGGUGGCGGCGGCGCCGCCGCCGGCGGCGGGCAAGCCGCCGCGUGCGCCCGCCAGCAGCGUGGCGGCAGUGGAGGCCGCGUCUGUGGUGGCGGCGGCGGCGGCGGCGGCAGCUACCGCGCUGGACGCCUCCCGCCGCAGCAGUGCCGCCAGCGGCGGCGGCGGCGGCGGCAGCGACGGUGGCGGCGGCGAGCAGCAGGAGCUGAGUGACGGCACCGCCAGCAGCAGUGGCAGUGAUGACAGCGGCAGCGACGACGAUGACGACCUGCCCCUGGUGGCGGCGCCCGCCGCCGCCGCCGCCGGCAAGGGCGCGGUGCGCAUCGCCGACAUCGGCGCCGCCGCCGUGCGCCGCCACCGCUCGUCUGACCUGGAGGCACAGGUGGCGGCGGGCCGGCAGCGUAACGCCAGCCAGGCACUCACGGGCCGCGGCGCGCAGAGCAUGGCGGCCCGCGACACCCGCGGCGGCGGCGGCGCCGCCGCCGCCGCCGACGGCGGCGGCCCGGGCCGCACCUCCAACACCGGCUCGCGCACCGUGCCCGUCAGCCGAAGCACCACGAUUGCCGUACAUGGUGAUCGUGGCGACGGCGGCGCCGUCAGCGACCGACACGGCGGCGGCGGCGGCGGUCGCGACGUCAGCAGCCUUCGCAUGCUCAAGAGCGCGCUGCGCAACAACCAGCACCAGCACCAACAGCGCGCAGCGGCGGCGGCGGCGGCGGCUGGAUCCAAGAUCUCGGGCGGCGGCGCGGGACCCGUGCCCGACAUCGGGCAACUGCUCCGGACCGCCUCCACCAUACACGCGGCGGCGGCGGCCGCCGCCGCCAACGGCGGCGGAUUGGCGGCGCAGGCCUCCGCCGGGCACCUGCUUUCGCAGUUGGACGGCGGCGGCGCGGCGGCGGCGGCGGCGGCGGCGGCGCAGUCGACGGCUCUGGGCCGGGCGCCCAAGAACGUGCGUCUGGCCACGGCCAUGCAGCAGCACCGCAACGCGCGGCCGCGGCCCAAGGGCUGGCUGAUGGGGCUGGUGGAGAGCAUCUACAAGGAGGGCGAGGCCUUGCUCCGCAAGAUGGGUCGCAUGGAGGCGCUGCGGCGUCAGUCCGUGCCCGAGAUUGUGUUUGCGCACUUCUCCAACAAGUACGGCCAGCGCUCGCUCGUGGACGAGUACGCGGCGUGCCUGGCCAACACACUGGCACUACACAGGAGCGAGGACCUGCGGCUGGACACGUUUGCCCGCUUCCUGUCUGAGGAGUGGGACUUCGCCACCUUCGUCGAGUUCAUCACCGCAAACAGCCUGGCACUGCAGCCUGGCAAGGUGCUGUGUAUCGAGUACCCGCGUGAGGCGGGCCGGGACGAGGCCUACCCCUGGCUGUGUGCGGCCAAGGCGGCGGCCAUCGCGGACGGCGUGCUGGGCCCCCGCAGCGGCCCGGUGCGCGAGGCCUUCAACAGCGCCCUCAUGAGCGUCAGCGUGCCGGCCGACGACGCUGACGUGGACAAGCUCCGCCGCGACGCGCGCUACGCCGCCGCCGCACAGGACGCCGCCGCCGGCGCCGGGCCGCCGCCGCCGGAGCGCUUCUACCGCCUGCCGCGGCCGCGCUUCCUGGCCCUGCUGGCCAGCGAGAUAGCGCGCGUCAACGCGGCUAUUGCGCGCCUGGCACGGGGCCGGUUCGAGGUGCUGGACAGUCACGGUGUGGGGGCGGUGCCGGCGGCGGCGGCGGGCGGGUACCUGGCGGGUCUCAUUGCGCCCAACACGCCACGCAAUGGGAACUUGGUGGUGCGGGAAGCCACGGUCACCUUCGUCUCCAACGCGCUCGCCUACCAGCUGGAACCCGGCGCCGCGCCCGAGGCUGUGGCCCUGGCGGCCAACGCCGCCGCCGCCGCCGCCUCCGAUGCGCCCAUCGGCGCCGACGCCUGGGUGGCGGCGUCGGUGCAGUGUACGGCACUGCGGGAUCACGUGAAGCUGCACACGCUGCGGCCGCUGCGGCUGGGGGAGGAGGGCGACGACGACGACGGGGGGUUGCUGGGGGGCUUCCUGCUGGGUUUGACACGCCGGCACACCAAGCUCAUGGCGGCACGCCUGCGCGACUGGGCGCGGGCGGCGGCGCGGGGCGGAGGAGGAGCAGGAGGAGGAGGAGGGGCGGGGGAUGCCACGAACCGUGGUCAGAAGGGGGCGGCGGGUGGUGGAGGUGGGGGCGGUGGUGGUGCGGAUGCGGCGCUGGUGUUGGAGCUGAGCGCCUCGGUGGAUAAGGCGGCGAGCGGCGGUGACAAGUUCCGGGCGUAUGCGCAAAUGCUCAUGGCCAUCAUCAAACAGCAGGUGACGGCGGUGGUGGCGAUGCUGACGGGUGCGGACGGCGGCGGCGCGGCGGGCGACGGCGCGGCGGGCGAGCUGGAGGACGCGCUGUGCCGACUGGAGGACUGCGCCAUCAUCAUGCUGAGGCAGGCCAGGUACCUGCUGGAGUGCACCAACAUGGAGGUGACGUACGACCGGGUGCGGCGACUGCCGCUGCAGGGCCGGCUGGCGGCAGUGGGCCGCGCCAUACUGGUGUGGCGGCAGCACGAGGACACGGUGCAGAACCUGGCGGCACUGGUGGUGCAGAGCGUGUGGCGCAACUGGCGCACGCAGCGCGCCAAGCGGUUGGCGGCGGAGGCGUCCGAGGCGGCGCUGGCGGAGGAGCUGGCGGCGGAGCCCAGCGGCCCACUGGGAGGCGGCGGCGGCGGCGGCGGCGGCGGCGGCAGUGGCGGCGGCAGUGGGCUGGGCAGCCGGGUGGCGUCGCGAGUGGUUUUGCUGAAGGCGUCAUCACUGGUGAAGCGCCAGGGCUCCAACGGCCUAGGUGCGGCGGUGGGCUCGGGAGGCGGUGGUGGAGGUGGUGGUGGAGGUGGUGUGGCGGCGGCGGCGGGUGGCGGUGCGGCGGUGUUGGCGGCGGCGGCGGGGAGUGGGGGCUCCGGGGUUAACUCGCCGCGGGGUGCGGCGGUGCGGUAGGGGCAGGGGGUGUUUGAGGGCACAAGGGCAGCGGGGGGGGGGGAGAUACCAGCCCAAACUAAACCGAACCCAAUACAACAGAGCGGGGAUGACAGCGAGCCAACCUGCAACCGUCUGCCUGCAUGGGCGUGUUGUGCGUGAUUGUAUGCAGCGACUGGUGAUUCAAGGUGGUCGGCGCGGGCAUGGAGCGGGCACAGCGCUGGCGUAUGGUGGUCUGUUAGUUGUGCACUGCACGUACCGUCACUUUGCGCCGGUGUUUGGACUCCGCAAGGCGGCGAGAGAGGUCGGCAUUCUGUGCUAUGCUGUGUAAGCAUGGCCUAUCGGCUAUUGGCGAGCAAGAGCGAGCCGGCUGACUCAGCAAUGCCUAUAGCAAUGGUCACAGGGUCGAGGGCGCGGGGCCGAUAGCUACUGCCAUAGCGCCCUUGCUUGGUCGGACUGUCCCUGCUUGUAAUGUCGCAUUCAU